AUGCACACCUCCACCCCUAUGACCAUCAACACUGGAGCACCACAGGGCUGCGUGCUCUCCCCUCCCCUCUAUUGUCUGUAUAUGUGUGACUGCACCUCCACAAGCUCCUCCGUGAAGCUCCUCAAGUUCACAGAUGACACAACCGUCAUUGGUCUGAUCCAGGAAGGGGACGAGUCUGUGUACAGACAGGGAGUGGCAUGGCUAACAUCCUGGUGCAGCCAUAACAGCCUGGAGCUAAACACCCUCAAGACAAUAGAGACCACCAUCUCCAAGGAUCUUAAAUGGGACAUCAACAUAAGCUGCAUAAUCAAGAAGGCCAAACAGAGGAUGUUCUUCCUGAGGCAGUUGAAGAAGCUCAACCUGCCGCAGUUCUACACUGCCAUCGUCGAGUCCAUCCUUACAUCAUCCAUCACUGUUUGGUACAGUGCAGCAACCAAACAGGACAUUCAGUGGCUGCAGCACAUGGGCCAGGGGCCCAAAGGUAUCCCUGUUGAGUCCAAGGUGAACAUCUUCAUUAACAGCUUUGGGUCCAUCCAGGAGACCACUAUGGACUACAGAGUGAAUAUAUUUCUUCGCCAGAGAUGGAAUGACCCUCGCCUACGACUUCCAACUGACUAUAAAAGUGAAACGCUGACUAUUGACCCGAAGAUGUUCCAGUGUUUGUGGAAACCAGACCUUUUUUUUGCCAAUGAAAAAAAUGCAAACUUCCAUGAUGUCACACAGGACAACAUUCUGCUCUUCAUAUUCAGGAACGGAGAUGUCUUAAUUAGUAUGAGGCUGUCGGUGACGCUGUCUUGUCCCUUGGAUCUCACUCUCUUCCCCAUGGACACACAACUGUGUAAGAUGCAGCUGGAGAGCUUUGGCUAUACCACCAGUGAUCUUGUGUUCAUGUGGCAGUCUGACCCAGUUCAGAUGGAUGAGAUUGCUCUUCCUCAGUUUGACAUCAAACAAGAAGACAUAAAAUAUGGAAAUUGCACAAAGUACUACCAAGGAACAGGAUACUACACCUGCGUUGAGGUGAUUUUUACACUGCGGCGGCAGGUUGGUUUCUACAUGAUGGGAGUUUACGCUCCAACUCUGUUGAUUGUCGUUUUGUCCUGGUUAUCCUUCUGGAUCAACCCUGAUGCCUCCGCUGCAAGGGUGCCACUGGGUAUUUUGUCAGUACUCUCUCUGUCCAGUGAGAGUAUGUCCUUGGCUUCAGAGCUACCGAAGGUUUCCUACGUAAAGGCCAUUGAUAUCUGGCUCAUUGCCUGUCUACUUUUUGGGUUUUCAUCCCUGGUGGAAUAUGCUGUGGUACAGGUGAUACUGAACAGCCCAAAACUGAUUGAGGAGGAAAAGGCCAAAAUGGCCACUAAGGAGAAAGCUUUGAAAGAGAAAGAAGGAAAGAAGCCUCCAAAUAAAACUAACAACACAGUGAAUGGGACUGGUGGAACACCUAUCCAUGUAAACACUCUGCAGGUGGUUGAAACUCGCUGUAAGAAAGUUUGUACCUCCAAGUCAGAUCUUCGCUCCAACGACUUCAGCAUCGUGGGAUCUCUACCUCGAGACUUUGAACUUUCCAACUUUGACUGUUAUGGUAAACCAGUUGAAGUAUCAGGGGCCCUCAAGUCCCAGAGCAAAGCCAACAAGAAACCUCCCCCACCCAAACCCGUCAUACCCGCUGCUGCCAAACGUAUUGAUCUCUAUGCAAGAGCCCUCUUCCCUUUCUCCUUCCUCUUCUUCAAUGUCGUCUACUGGUCAGUCUAUCUGUGAGAGGGAAAAGAGGGUGACAAAGUGGUCUGAAAUUAACUACACUGAACUGACAAAUGACAAAGCAAAUUCAUAUACUGAACUCUGUGCUGGUAUGAUCAAGAUUUCCAUCAUUUCAGCGUUGCUGUGAGACUGCUGUGGUCCCCUUGGUGCAACAGUAUAUUGAAUUGCCAACUCCAAAGCCUUGGGGCUGUUGGAUGAGCCCCUAUAAGCCCAUGCAUUAAGUAGGCACUGCAUGUGUGUCUGUCAUUAAUAGGACAUUGUGCUUUAUGUAAACUAAAUCUUGCUGUGGUUACACCAAUACCCUCAUGUUGUGUAUUAUAAAUAAAUGAUUUUUAUGGAAGGUAAGAUUACUGGUAAGACUUUAUGUUAAAGGUAUAGAGCUCCAAAUGGCUAAUACUAACUAUAAGACAUUAUAAAAUAAUUGUACGAAUAUAUACACAGAAAAAAAAUCCAUUGUAAA